GCUGUGCGGGGUCUGGUAAGUUGCGCCGUAAAGCUGUGUUCAGAGGCUGCUGGGGCGGCUGCUCAGGCAAAGAUGAUUUCCGGCGGGGUCUCUACCUCCUUUCACCCUUGCAGAGGCGAGUUGUGCGCGGUGUACGUACACCUCACAGACCGUGAUCCCCAGUUGCUUUUGUUGGUUUUCUUUCGGCCUUGUUCAAGGCUCCAACAUCUACUUCCCGGAUCGGCGGGCUCGUCUUCGUUUUUCUUCCACCGUUUUUCAAGAUGACGACUCGCUUGAGGAAGACCAGAAAGAGACGUGGCCACGUCAGCGCCGGUUACGGGCGUGUGGGGAAGCACCGCAAGCAUCCCGGUGGUCGUGGUAAGGCCGGUGGUAUGCACCACAUGCGCAUCAACUACGACAAGUAUCAUCCUGGUUACUUCGGAAAGGUUGGUAUGCGCCACUAUCAUCUGUUGAAGAACCAGUACACCUGCCCGACUGUGAAUGUGGACAAGCUCUGGUCCCUCGUUUCCCCAGCGACUCUGGAGAAGGCCGAGCAGAGCAAGGACAAGGCCGCCGUCAUCGACGUGACCAAAUCCGGUUACUUCAAGGUCCUUGGGAAGGGUGACUUGCCCAAGAUCCCCGUCAUCGUCAAAGCCCGUUUCUUCUCCAAGAUUGCGGAGAAGAAAAUCAAAGCUGCGGGUGGGGCAUGCGUUCUGACCGGCUAAGUUGAACUCUGUCACACUCUAUCGUCUCGUACGCUUUUUUGCCACUGUGUGUCGUUCUCCGGAACCAGACGUGUUCGAUUCUGAAAACGAAGGUCAGUUUCGUUGACUGCCUUGAACCCUUCGCAGAAUUGAGAGCACUGACGCGCUCGCGACGCCCACGAGUUUUCGCAGACACUGGAUAUACCAUGUGAUACGAGGUGCGGCCGAUUGUCAAAGGCAGGAGAGAAUCCGUUACGAGUGAUUGGUAAAGAGCACAAAUCGAUUUGCACGUAGGCAGCCCAGAAGCUUCGAAACGAACGGCAGGGAUGAUAGAGUUGAAGUUUACCUUCUCUCGUGUUAAGCAUUUGCGGCGUCAGAGAGACAAAGAAGCCACAGGGGUAAAGGGCCACUCUGGAACAGUCUAAGUCACGCCAAAGCUCCAUCCAUAUAUGCUGUGGGCUGUAGAGGUGGUAAGGCUGAACCACUGCCGAGCUCAGGGAUGUGUUGCUAUCGAAGCACCAUCAAGUACAAGCGCGUGAGAUACUUUCACGUAAGAAGGCUGAACUGUAGCGGAUACGGAAAUCUUUCAGCCUAGUUGUUUUGCUCAUGUCUUGCCGGAGGUUGAGCAGACAUGUGUACCACAGUGUGCAACUAGGGUGCAUUCUCAAUUGGUAACGCAGCUCUCAUAGGUUGGAAUCAUGUACUUAAUGUUGAUGAAAGCAUCGGGCCCUCCAUGGAGUUCGAAGAUAUGCAACGUUUCUUCAAUCAAGUCACCGAGGUCGCACCUGCAGCACAGCCACAUGCGGGACAAUGAAAUCCGCUUCUUCUAGAUCAAAGUUUACUCCGAACCCUCAGAACGUCUUUCUGAGUGGAGUACUGAUGUGUCCCGCAUCGAGGCGCGUUAUUUCCUGAAGCUCUUCACAGAAGCAAACCGUAAAAUUAUGGGUCUUGAAGUAAUGCUUACCCUCGCUUCUGUCCGUAGCAGAUCUUAUCGCCGAUGUUUCUGUGGUUGUUGAUGAACAAGUUGAAACACGGCAGAAUUUGCCUGUAGUACGGCAGAAGUGCUUUUCCAAUGUCUUCACCUGAACAAUCGAUUUAGCAUUUACACGCAUAUACCCCGUAUAUCCUACCUGGGCUUAUGAUGUCCUGAUGUGUCGACGAAAAUGUGUAUAUCCCCAUAGUUUCCGUAGAAUCUCAUGUGAAGCGCAUGUCCUUCAUGAGGCCGGAACUUCAGAAGGGGAGAUGUGCCUUGUCAUCCGCAGUGGAAGUAUCGUGCCUUGAUUCUUUGGCUUAUUGGAGAGAAGUGUUCUGAAAACUUGUCCGUGGCUACGAUUUGUUCCUUGGAAACGGGUUUGUCAGUUCCUUUCGAAUUCCCUGAGUGUCCUGGAUUUUAGCAUGUGUCUUCAGAUUAACACCAGACACUAGGGGGAUGAAUUCCGGACAUUGUUCCCAGUUACCUAUUAGAGUUGCUGUAUAGCACUCGUGGUGGCGAUCCACGGAACCACUGUGGAAUUAUCCGAAGACCAGAUCAGUGUGCUCCGCUUCCUCCCAUUCCUUUGCACCGUACGAGGCAUACCAGAGAGUACGAGAGCUUGAAGAAUUUUCAGAGUUGUUGCGAUUACCUGCGAAAGAAACAGCGAAAACCAGAGCAAAUCAGACAACGACGAACCGGUGCCCAAAGAUAUUGUUGGGAUUUGCUGUGUGAUAGGUGGGUCACAAUGUGCUGUUUGGAACGACGAGAUAUGUUGGCACUCUAUGCUAUCGAAUAC